AUGGCAGAAAUGUCACUUGUAGAAAAUCUCCAAAGAAGGAUAGCUCGAGCCUUCGACUUUGCUGCAAGAGGAGCAUCUGAUGCCGUUGACAGGAAGGAGCAGUCCAAGUUAGCGGAUGGCGAAAAUCGCGACCGCAACUCGCCACGGACUACCAAGCACUUUGACGACCCAACUGAACAAUCGGACAAGAUCGAGCCUCAAGACUAUGCAUUUCAAAUCCAUAUGAUAACAAUCGACAAAGCUCCCAAGUGGAACCGUGAAACACAGAAUACAAAAGCCUCUCAGCGAACUGGUCAAGCAGGACGAUCAGCUAUUCAAUGA